CAGAAGUGUCACUCUGUUCGUGCUUUGUGCUCAGCAUGCACUUCCUUCAUGGUGCCCUCAGUCUGGCCUUCAGUUUCACCAGCCUCUCGGGGAUCCUGGUUGUGGUCACUACAGGACUCAUUGCUGCAGUUGUGGUCUGGACAGUUAAGUUGCUGCUGCGUCAUGCCUAUUACACACACAGACUGUCCUGCUUCAGUAUGCCACCUGUACACUCCUGGCUGGUAGGCCAUCUGGGCCAGAUGCAGAGUACAGAGGAAGGUCUACAGCAGGUAGACGAGCUGGUGAAGACGUACAAACACUCCUGCAGCUGGUUCUUUGGUCCUUUCUAUCACCUCGUCAGAAUCUUCCAUCCUGACUAUGUUAAACCUCUGCUAAUGGCACCUGGUAACAUCACUGUGAAAGAUGACCUUGUCUAUAACCAUCUGCGCCCAUGGUUGGGACACAGUCUGUUGAUAAGUAAUGGAAAGGAGUGGGCCCGAAAAAGGCGCCUGCUGACACCAGCUUUUCAUUUUGAUAUUCUAAAAAACUACAUUACCACUUUUAACACCUCAACGAAUACCAUGCAUGAAAAAUGGCGAAGCAUGCUGACAGAUGGCAAAACCAAUAUAGAGAUGUUUAAUGAUGUCACUCUGAUGACACUGGACAGUUUACUGAAAUGUGCCUUCAGCUACAACAGCAACUGUCAGGAAUCUACCAGUGAGUAUGUGUCAGCCAUAGUGGAGCUGAGCGACCUGAUACUGAAUCGACGACUGAGGAUUUGGCACCACUGGGACUGGAUUUACUGGAGGACGCAGCAGGGUCGACGCUUCAAGAAGGCCUUAAGCAUUGUACACCGGUUUACCAGGGAAGUGGUUCAGAAACGACGUACCAUAAUAAACCACCAAAGAAUGACAGAAUCACAACCUGAUUUGUCCACAGCAGGGCAGAGGAGGAAAGACUUUGUGGACAUCAUACUGUCAUCAAAGGAUGAAGAUGGACAAGGCCUAACAAAUGAGGAGGUUGAGGCUGAAGCCAACACAUUCAUGUUUGCAGGUCAUGACACAACAGCUAGCGCCAUUUGCUGGACAUUGUAUAAUUUAGCCCAUCAUGAUCACUACCAAGAAAAAUGUAGACAGGAGGUGAUGGAUCUGUUGCAAGGACGAGAUGAACAUGAAAUUGAAUGGGAGGAUCUGUCCAACCUUCCCUUCACCACCAUGUGCAUCAGAGAGAGUCUCAGGCUCCACUCUCCUGUGCAGGCUGUUACCAGGAAAUACACCCAGGAUAUGCUUCUACCAGGGAAUCGAACUGUGCCAAAGGGUGAAACAAAGGGUGUCAUCUGUUUGGUCAGUCUUUAUGGAACACACCACAACCCCGCUGUCUGGUCAAACCCUCACGAAUUUUAUCCUCUGCGUUUUGACCCAAAUAACACAUCAGGUCGAUCAGCUUCUGCCUUCAUCCCAUUUUCUGCAGGUCCAAGGAACUGUAUUGGCCAGAAAUUUGCCCUUGCAGAGUUACGAGUUGUUGUAGCAUUGACUCUGCUCAGAUUCCACUUGGCCCCAGGAGUGAACCCUGAGGUGGGGAGCAUCUCUGGAGAUGUUCGCCGUCUUCCUCAACUUGUCCUGCGAGCUGAAGGAGGUCUGUGGCUUCAACUGGAGCCUCUGAAGCUGGAGGAGAAUGAGUCAGAAUGAUGAGACCUGUCUUAUAACUUAGAGUCUGGGAUUUAGCUGCAUCUAGUGGAGAGGUCACAGAUUAUAACUCCUUGCCAAACUGUUCCUUUCUGCAUGCAGUAGAAGCUACAUUGGCUGUUAAAAACACAGAAAACACGACAGGCCUUCUUUAGAAUCAGUGUUUCUGGGCUUGUUUAAAACAUGGUAAUGCAACAUGACACGCUCUUUAUAAAAUCAUAAUACAUGCUCUUUUUGCACAGUCUGCACUUAUGCUGUACUCAAGUAAUACAGAUACUU